GAGUGGCUCUGGAACGGAGGCCAAGGAAGCAUCGGCGCCAAGGCAAGAAGGGCAGUGCCAGAGGUGAGCAGCGCCUGGGUGAGGGCAGAUGCCCUGCACAGACACCCCCUGGCCCCACGUGCCCACUGCCGCAUCUGGGGAUGCCCUGUCCGCUGACUCUGUCUCCUCUGCCAGCAGGCUUUGUCCUCCUGGAGUCUUCAGAGUGUUCAAGGAGGUGCUGCCACGUACACCCGGAUGUGACUGGCAUAUAUGAAGCAGUCCAUCAGUUUGACAGGAGCAUCAAGGACCUAACAAGAUACCUGGACAUGCUCAACUAUGAGACGCCCAAGAGCAGUGACAACUCCUGGACUUCCAUCACAGCCAGUGAAGUCGGGUCCUCUUCAAGUGUGUCUCUGUCCCCUUCAAGAGAAGACCCCCACUCUUCCAUCAUGGCAAGUGAAGCCAGCUCCUUUGCAGAGGUGUCUCUGUCUCCUUCGAGUGACGACUCCUGGACUUCCAUCAUGGCGAGUGAUGCUGGCUGCUCUUCACAAGCAUCUCCCUCCACUCUUCUGGAUGGAGAAAACAUGCCUCAUGCUUCCAGCGUCCAGCCUAGCCUGGGGCAUCCCAGGGCUGACCUGGAGGAGCAGCCUGGCCUGGCAACUCAGCCACCCUGCAGGGAGGAAGUGGACAGAUGCCUCGAGGUCAACAGUGUGCAGCAGAACCAGCCAGAUCUUGAGAUCCAGCUGGGUGCUCCCACUCCACCUCCAGAGGUGCUCGACGUCCACUCCAGGGAAACAGAGAUGCCUAUCUCACACCACAAAGGCCAGGACACCUUGGAGUGCCUCAUCCCAGAAACAAAACUGCUGCAGGAACUGGGCCAGCCAGCCAGCGUGGAUGAGACUCCACAGACUGUUCCAGCCUCAGCCCCUCCAUCACCUCGGCAACAAGAAAAGCGUGAUGUGAAGGUGGAUCCCACUGUGCAGGACCUGUCCUUCCUGAAUGAGACGGUGAAAAGGCAGCUGGAGCGUCACAUUGUAAAAAUGCAGAUACAACAGCGCUAUGGGCUGCCCACCAGGGUCCUGGAAUAUGACAAGAACUUUGAAAACAUCUCCCUGGGGCAAAAAGCCACUCAGCCUCCCCCUCCGCAGAGGAGCGCUGGGCUACCCUACCGCUCUCCCUUCCGGCACUGGGACAGACGUGCUCGGGCCAAGAAGCCGACAGGACGGCCCCCUGGCCCGCAAGAAGAGUUCACAGAACCUGCGGACACGUGCCUGCUAGGGAUGCAGGCUCCAUCAUCUCCUCCAACAUCGCAGCGAACAAAAAAGCGUGAUGUGACGGUGACUCGCAUCAUGCAGAACUUGCCAUUCCUGCAUGAGCCUGAGAAAAGGCAGCCGGAGCGUCGCAUUGUAAAAAUGCAGACGCAACAGGAAGAGCCUGCAGACGCUGUGGAGGCAUGCCCACAAGGGACGCAGGCUCCAAUCCACUCUGAGCCAGCAGCGUUCCUGAGAGUGGCACAGGAGAUGCCUCAGGAGGCCAGGGAGACACCCCCCUGCAAAAAGGAGCGUGGGGUAACAGCCGGCAGCAGCACAGCCAGCAAGGAGACCCCGCCAGAGACUGAUGGGAAGGAGAAGGGCCCCGUGACACAAGGGGAUGUGCACGGUCCUUCCCCUUCCGGCCAGGCAGAGCGGGCACAGCCAGAGCAGGAGACAGCUCCCCGGGGGCAAUCGGGGCAGAUGUCCAACAGGCCCAGCGUCUCCUACGGGGACAGGCAACCACCAGAGCUGCUAUUAGAGAAGAGUGUCCCCAUGGGAGAAGACGACCUCUGCUUGGAAGGACAGCGCAGCCCCAGUGAGGAUGUGGGCACAGCUGAGCAGCCGUCAGACUUGACAGCUCUUCCAAGCAGCAGCUCCCUGCAGACACAACACCCCUCCUGUGAGGAGACACCCUCAGCUCUGCCAACGUCUCCAGACUCUGCGAGGACUGUCUUUCAUAUCCCCUAUCUGGAAGAGCUCAUCACAGCCCUCACUGAUUACCACAGGGCCAGCCAAACUGCUGAAGAGCUGCAGAACCAGCUGCGGGCUUUAUGGCUGGAGCAGGUCACAGAGAAGUUGGGGUACUCAAGGGCAGAGCUGGCAGUGGAGCACCCCAGUGCCUCGCAGAGCCGUGGCCAUAGUGGAGCAGAGAAGGGCAGGGGAAGUGCCCAGGACAGAGCUGGCUCCAGCGGACUCUGCCCCAAGUGCAGCAAAGCCCUGCGCGACAGCCUGCCUGGCAGUGACGGCUCCCAGACUUGGGCUCCACCUGAUGCUGCAACCCCAUGGGCAGGAAGGGAAGGGCCAGUGGGAGAAAGGCGUCCACCCGAGGACAGGGCCAAGAGGCAGCAGGGCCAGAAGAGGGCUGCUGCUGCCCAGCCAUCACAGCGGGUCCACGUGCGUGGGUCCACCGUACAGACCCCUCUGUUUCGGCAGGAGUGGCUUCCUGCCAGGCUCAUGCCCCCAUGA